AUGUUUUUAUGGUUUGUUUUGUUUCUUUUUUUUAAUCUUUUGUGUUAAAUAUUAGACCUAAACCCAUAAAGAACUCAUUAUAAGCUGUAGCUUAUCAGUCAAAUAGUUAAUGAUUAUAAAAUUCCUUCUCUGUGUCUCUCUUCAGAAGAGUGUUUUAAGCCUUGCAUUGUAUGGCUUUUAGGAUCUCACAGCAGAGCUGCAUAAUUGAAUAGAUUACUAUUGUGGGGCCACAGUUUCAAAGCAUUUUAAACUGCUUUCCCAGUCAUGUGCAGUUCUGAAUUCCGUAUGUGCAUAUGUCUUCUCAUAUGCAAGAUUUUGAAUGAAAAGAGGCAUAGCUUUAUUGUCACAACUCUACAUGUACCUAGAAACGAGGUGGUCUGCUUCUGUACUGUUCUGCAAUGGGGAGAGUGAUGGGGCAAGCCCAUCCCUCAGAAAUAAUGCCAAUUUUUCCACUGGUACAGUGGUGUUUACCAAGGUUGAACAAUUAAGACCCUUCAGAACUUCAGACUUUCAUCAGGUAUUUCUGUGAGUAAAAGCCUUUUGCUAAAAUAAAAGAAAUAUAUUGCUUGGAGACAGCAGACUGAUGAUCAGGGAAAGCAGGGAGAGAGAGGCUGUACCUCUGCAGCUGGUGUCCAAGAGCAGUCUGACUCCCCAGGUCCCCUCUUUAACAUCCUCAAACUACUCAGAACUAUCAGUUUCCCAGUAUCACCUUGGAAAAUGCUCUGUUUUCCCUGAUACUUUUCUUCUCCUUUCACAACUCUGAAUGGCUCUACAGCACAGGAACCUAAGCUAUCUUUACCUUAUCUUUUAUAGUACACACAGGAGUGGUUUGGUAUGUACCCUCUGGCCUCUGGAACAACAGGAAGGGAGGUUUAGGAGAGGCUGAAAACUUAAUUGAUCUGUGUUUUAGUGCUUUGUCUUACAUUGAGUGCAGCCACAGGGAGGGAGAGUGAUCAGGGUUUGUGAGGGGAUCUGAGAAGGUCUGACAGGAGUGAGGGAAGUUGAGAAACAGCAACGGGAAGCUGGGAAGAAACACGUUAGGAAACUAAAAAGAGAAGAAAAAACAGACAUGACAGAAACAGAAAAAAUGUGGGCUUGACUGUGGCUUGGGAAGGAACACAAUUGUACUUACCCAGCUCCUGUGAGCAUGCCAUAUUGAAAUGAAACUGAAUGGGCUAGGCCCACCUCCCUCUCACCCCAACUUUGGCUUAAUAAGCUAGAACACAGCAGAUCUGCAGUUUCUUUAUAGCACCAGGAAGGGGCCAAAUUAGGCAUGAUGGAAAUUGACAUGGGAAAACCCACUGAUGACAGAGGAACCCGCCCGCAGGUGAAUUCCCGCGGCUUCUGCCACCCCUUUAUAAGCAGGUGGAGGUGCGGCAAAGCUGGCAAGACGAGCAGGUAGCAGCUGAGCACUCAUUAGAGCACAACUGCUGUGUGGAGUGGAAAUGGCUGGCUUUAGCAGCAAGAGCUUGGUCCUGGUUUCCAUGCUAGGGCUCCUGGCACUGCUCCUGUGUGGCACCUCUGAAGCACAAAGCAACCAGGAUUGCUGCCUGUCUUACACCAAGGUGCGUCUACCUCGGUGGGCCCUAAAGGGUUAUACUGAACAGCUCUCCAGUGAAGUCUGCGAUAUCCAUGCAAUCAUUUUCCACACCUACAGUGGGUUGAACGCCUGUGUAAAUCCUAAAGAGGGGUGGGUGAAGAAGCAUCUUCUUUUCCUGAGCCAUAAGCUCAAGAAGAUGUCAAUGUGAUACGGUUUCUAGCAGGGAAAUAAACAAGCAUGGCUAAGGAACUCCUUCGCUCAAUAUCUUGUUUGAGAUCAUCAUCUUGUACACUGUUGUGUGCUUACCACUUUCUCUGGCUUCCUUGGGACCAUUUAACUUCUUGAAUUGAUUCAUAUUGCAUCGCUGUGUUGCUUGAAUUAAGCAUUUUGUUAAAGUUUCUAUUUUUAUGAAUAUGUGUAUGUUACUAACAUGAUAUGAGUACUUCUUAGAAAGGGUUACCCUAAGUGGUAGUACAGAGUAUGAAUUUUAAGUUUAUUGCAUGUAAUUUUUGUUUUGUUCAGCAUGUGUAAAGUGGGUUAUUUAUUGUUUUUAUUUUGUUACUUUGGCACUGUCUUGUGCCAAAAUAUUUUCUUCAAACUGUAGUUAGCAUUGUAAUACUUCUUGAACUACUGUUAAACAAACGUGCUUGUGAAAAAAAUGGAAAUUGGAGUA